AUGCUGGCCGACGCGCUGCACACCCUGUCGGACGGCCUCUCCGAUGGCGUCACGCUGUGGGCCAUCUACAUGAGCGCCCUGCCCCACUCUGCCAAAGUUGCGUUCAUCGAUGACCAUUUCAUCGUCAAUCGGUUUGAGACGGUGGGCACAUUCCUCGUGGCCUGCUCGUUGAUCUCGUCGGGCGCCGGCAUCGCCUACCAUGCCGUCGAAGGCGUCUUAUCGGGCGAAGAAAGGUUGGUACCGACCGAGCUGGCCCUCUACGGCGCCAUCGGCUCGAUUCUGGUGAAGGAGAUUUUGUAUCAGGUGACGAUGGUGGUGGCGCGACGGGCCAACUCGAGCCUGCUCAAGGCCAACGCGUGGCAUCACCGCUCGGACGCCAUGUCGUCCAUCAUCGCCCUGCUUGGUAUCGCCGCCGCCCAGGCCGGCCAGUCGCCCUACUGGGACCCCGUGGCUGCCGCCGUCGUGUCCGCCAUGAUCGUGCGAAUGGGGUGGGGCAUGGUGCGGCAGAGCGUGGGCGAAUUGACCGACGCGGCCAAGGGCAACGAGGAGGACGUGGCGGACGUGCGCUACCUGGCCCUCCGCGUGCCCGGCGUGAGGGAGUGCAGCGCGGUGCGCGUGCGGCGGCUCGGUCCCUACAGCGCCGGCGACGUUCGCAUCGCGCUUGCAGAUCCCGGGGCCAGCCUGGACGAGGCGCUGGCCAUCAAGGACAAGGUGCGCAGCGAGCUGCUGCACCACAUGCCACAGCUCCGAGAGGUCGUCAUCGAGCUGAGCUCGCCAACCCCUCAUCACCAUGGCCGCCAUUCCGCCACCGAGGAGAAGAGGGUCCAACAGGCCAGCGACGUAGAACAGACAACACCGUCAGGUGAUGAUUCGCACCGAUGA